ACAACAUUACUUGUUUAUUCAAAUAACAAGAUCAAUUUAAUGAACUUACAAUAACGAUAACUAAAACGUUAUUUUUUCAUUUAGUCGUGAUUCUCAUUUAUACUAUCUAUAGGAGACAGAUUAUAUCAGAUAUUUGUGAAGCGAGAACCUAUGAAGAGGAGAAAUCACGAAUGGUCGAAAAACUUUAUCCAUUCCGCGAGAGCAAAUGAUACAAAAGAGUGGCGGGUUUAGUAAUCGUCAUUUGAACAAUUUAGUUCAUUUUAUAAACAGUAAUAAUGUUUGUAAACAAACUUUCUAAAGUACACUUUUCCGAUCAACAGUUAGAUGACUAUGUUUUGGAAAAUUCUGUUCUCAAGAGUAAACUACAGAGUAAAAAUGAUGCACUAUCUAUUAUGAGUAAAGAAUUGGAUAAAUCUUGCAUGGAACGAGAUAAGUUUAAAACACUAGUUGAACAGUUAAAAUGUAGCAAGAUUGUGAUAAAAGAUACUAUGCAUGUUAUAAAUAAAUAUGCACCUACUAAUACAAUCAGCGGAGGUGAAAUUCUUGCCAAAACCAAGGAGCACAAUAAUAUGUUAAAGUUGGAGGUGGAAACAUUAAGAAGCAAACUUGAUGAUGCUAACGGUGAUAUACUAGCAUUGAGAAAGCAGCUGCAAAAGAACAGGAUUUUGGACAACAUUGGGGAAUGCAAAUCUGCAUCUCCAGUAGAAAGUAUAUACUCUCUAUUGGAAUAUGAACAACUAGUACAAGAACUUGAGAAAGUACAAAAAAAGUGUAAACAAAUGCAAAUGGAUUAUAGGGCUACCCUAGAUGAAAAAGACGAGUUAGUUUCUGACCGUGACUAUUAUAAAAACAAAGUACAAAGACUAAACCAUCAAAUAAGUUUUCUGUUAACAAACAGAAUGAAGCCAUCUUCAGAUAGCAAUAUGGCAAAACCUGUGGUUGAUAUUGAUGCACUUGUUAUGGAAAAUAAAUAUCUCCAUGAAAGUAUUACACAGUUACAAGUAGAGAAAGAAAUAAUGAAACAAACACUUAAUAAGUAUAAGACGUUGCUUGAUAGUAGAAGCAAAAAUGAUAGUAUUAAUUUUCGAAAAGGAUUUGCAGAUGUCAUGACUCAACAACAAGUUCGAGAAUAUUUAAACUCUAAUACUAAUACAAAAAGUGGACUAAAGAAAUCCUCACUAACAGAACUGAAAUCUCUUUGUUUGGGAUUAUUUGAAGCAUUAAAUGACAAAUCCAUAGCACUGCAACAUCAACGAAAGACAAACCAAGUUUUAGCAAAUAGAAUAUCUGAGUUAGAAAAAACAAUGGAGAGUUGGUGUAACGGACAAAAGUGUGUACCAAUAUUUCCCUCACAGAUGCUAAUGGAAGAAUUUUUAAAUGACUCGAGAUCUAUAAAAUCUGACGACAGAGAAAAAGUUGAGCGGGAACCUUAUGAUAACUAUUCAGACAGUGAAGAGGGCAACACGAAUGGUGAAAGUUUUUCCAGCGAUAGAUCUUUAUCAAAAAUAGUCCUGCCAGAAGAUCUUCAAGAGUUAGUGAAGGAAGCGCUUGCUGAAUUAAAAGCUUAAUUUUAAGGUUUUAAUAAAAAAUUAAAUUCAGUUGCUCAGUCAGAUUUUCAUAUGAACUUGCAAUAUUUAUUAUAGCAGAAAAGAUAAAUUAAUUUUUUUGCUUUAUUAUGAUAAAGUUAUAAGUAACCUUAAUUUUUGGUAUGUUUUACAAGGAGCGGAGACAAUUUUUAAAUACAUAUUCCAUAUCUUCAGCUUUAAUUUAUACCAAAGAAUUAAGUUAAGUUUGUUUAUUGUUACCAAAUGUUUAUGUCAUGUUUCAAAGAAUUAAUUUUGAUAUAGUUUAG